AGGAACCGGGCCCGGCCCCGCUCCCGCCCAGGCCGGUGCGGCGCCGAUCGCGGUCCGGGCUGGUUCCGGUCCGGGCUGGUUCCGGUCCGGGCUGGUUCCGGUUCCGGUGCGGUGCGGGUGCCGCCAUGGUGGGCUCGGGUCCGGGCGCAGCGCCGCUGGAGAACGCGAACCCCCUCAUCUACCGGCGCUCCGGGGAGCGCCCCGUGACGGCCCGCGAGGAGGACGACGAGCUGCCCGAUGCCAUCGACGACCGGGAGAUCUUCGAUCUCAUCCGCUCCAUCAAUGAUCCCGAGCACCCGCUCACCCUGGAGGAGCUGAACGUCGUCGAGCAAAUGCGAGUGAAAGUGAACGAUGCCGAGAGCACGGUGUCGGUGGAGUUCACCCCCACCAUCCCGCACUGCAGCAUGGCCACCCUCAUCGGCCUCUCCAUCAAGGUCAAACUGCUCCGCUCUCUGCCUGAGAGAUUCAAGCUGGAUGUUCAUAUAACGCCAGGAACACAUGCCUCUGAGCAUGCAGUUAAUAAACAACUUGCUGAUAAAGAACGUGUGGCAGCUGCUUUGGAAAACUCUCACCUGCUGGAAGUGGUGAAUCAGUGUUUGUCUGCUCGGUCAUAAUUGCCUGGUGAGGAAAUGAUUGAUAUUGUGAUCUGUUAAACUGAUUUUUGUAUAUAAGUGGUGAUGUUACAAUUUACAUGAAUCUAUGAGCAAAAUAAAAUCACUUAAAUCCUCUUGAGAAAACAUUUCUUUGCUUUUUCAAAGAAUAAUAUAUGGGGAGUUAGCUUACAGACAGCUACAAAAAUAUAAAAGAUUGUAUUUUUUUAUUGUAUGAGUUAUUGCACAAGUACAAUGUUCCAUUGAAAAUAUUCUUUUCAACCUGUUUUUUACUGGUUUCUCACUGCUAAAAGUAAGGUGUAAGCUGCAUUUUGGAAGUGGAUUUUGCAUACUGGACUUCACAAGUACACCAAGAUAACUUUUAGUUAAAAUCUUUACAUUCCUGUGACAGUUUUGGACUGCUAAUACAAUUUACUUUCAGACAUCACAGGUGGUACAAGCUGGUGUGUGCAAAGUUGGAGGACAAUUAGCAGAAAGUGUCCACACUUCCAAAUCAUGUAUCUGGUUUUAAUUAUCUUAGAUUAGGCAGUUAUGGAGGGCUCUUUAGACCUGUGUGAAACAGGAAUUAUUUUUAACUACUACUUCACUGUGGUAGGAAAUACAGUGUCUUUGAGGGGGGUUUUAUUUGUGCACCUGCAAUACAGGAGUCAUUACCAGUUCUCAGUAUGAGCAGCCCAGCAGGCUCUGCUGAAUGAUUGUCCUGGCAGUGUUUGACUGCUAAAGGACAAGUUUUGCUCUAAAUGCCUUGAGAUUUAAUGCUAAAACCCAGCCUAUGCUUCUGGUCUGGGAGCUGUGGCAUUCACUAAACUGUUGUCUUUGGCAGACAUUAACAAUAGAAAAACUCUUUAAGAAUUAAUUUGAAUUUUUGUAGAAGAUGUCUCUAGUCCUGGACCACAUGGAAAACCAACAACCAGUUAUUAAAUCCUGUUGGGUAUUUUAGUGUGUGCACCCAUUGUAACGUUGCCUUC